AUGCCGUCUCUCCCUUCUUCAGGCGCCAUCACCGUAUCACAUAUUGGAACUGAUGAAAUACGUUUUUCUCCGAUAUAUUUUAGUGGGGAGAUAAUAGCCGUAGCAUCAUUUAUUGGAGGGAUGUCAACAGGUUGGCCAACUUAUCAUCAACAUGCAAAUUUAUUAAAUAUUGUUACACACUAUUUCCUCCUCUUCUUUACCUCAAGAACAUCUUUUUUACCUCUUCUUCUUUACCUCAAGAACAUCUUUUUCCCUCUACUUCUUUACCUCAAGAACAUCUUUUUCCCUCUUCUCCUUUACCUCAAGAACAUUUUCCCUCCUCCUCUUUACCUCAAGAACAUCUGUUUCCCCUCUUCUUCUUUACCUCAAGAACAUCUUUUUUUACCUCUUCUUCAUUACUUCAAGAACAUCUUUUCCCCUCUUCUUCUUUACCCCAAGAACAUCUGUUUCCUCUCUUCUUCUUUACCUCAAGAACAUCUUUUUUCCCUCUUCUUCUUUACCAUUAGAACAUCUUUUUUCCCUUUACUUCUUUACCUCAAGAACAUCUGUUUUCCCUCUUCUUCUUUACCUCAAGAACAUCUUUUUUUUUACUUCUUCUUCAUUACUUCAAGAACAUCUUUUUCGGAACGGUAUAUAACACUAUCUAUCUAUCUAUCUAUCUAUCUAUCUAUCUCAGUCUGUUCAUAA